AUGAUUGAACCCUAUAACAAGCUGGUUAAACUAGCUGCCAGGGCUUUCUACGAUGAUCUUACAAGUAAAGGAGAUAAUCAGCCCAAAACGGGAAGGAGUGAUAACAGGGGAAUUGCUGUAGUGGUUCUUGACGCGCUCACGAGACGGCAAUGGGUUAGAGAAGAAGACUUGGCAAAGGACCUCAAACUACAUACGAAACAACUUCGUCGAACUUUGCGGUUCUUUGAAGAAGAGAAGAUCAUUACUCGCGAUCAUAGGAGAGAGCGAGAAGCGGCCUUGGGCCACUACAAAGUUUGA